GGUGUAUAUAUCAAACUACAACGCUUAGCUUCUUACCAUCUUUUUGAAAUAAGAAAACGUAUUGAGCUUUCCAUUAAAAUAUCAAAGAAAGACAAUGACUAGCAAGGGCCAGAAAUUCCCACCCCAAACUCAGGAAAAACCUGGCAAACAGUUUUUGAUGAAUCCACUCCCUAAGUCCGUCAAUCCUCAAUACAAACCUUCCAAAAAGCUUCACGGAAAGGUGGCAUUAGUAACUGGAGGAGAUUCGGGGAUAGGAAGAGCAGUGUGUUACUAUUUUGCGCUGGAGGGUGCAACUGUUGCCUUCACUUAUGUUAAAGGCCCAGAGGAUAAAGAUGCAGAAGAUGCUUUGGAAUUGAUAAGAAAGGCAGCCAAUGAAAAUGAAGCAGGCGAACCGAUUGCCAUUCCUGUCGAUUUCAGCCGAGGUGAAGAUGAAUGCAAGGAUUUGGUGGAGAAGGUUGUGAAGAAAUUCAAACGCAUCGAUGUCUUAGUUAAUAACGCAGGAACUCAAUAUUUCACAAACAAUAUUGAAGAUAUAUCUGAGAAGCAAAUAAGAUUAUCUUUUGAAAUCAACUUUUUUGCCCCAUUCUUUUUGGCAAAACAUUCACUUAAGUACAUGAAAGAAGGUGGAAGCAUCAUUAACACAGUAUCUGUUGUGGCAUACCGAGGUGAAGAAAAACUAGUUGACUAUAGUUGCACCAAAGGAGCCCUUGUUACCUUCACCAGAAGCCUCGGUGUCCAACUUAUUAACCGAGGAAUUAGGGUUAAUGGUGUUGCACCCGGCCCGAUUUGGACUCCCCUACAUGUUGCUUCACUGCCUGUGGAAAGAAUUGUGAGCUUAGGUUCAUAUGCGCCUAUGGAUAGAGCUGCAGAGCCUUUUGAAGUCGCACCAUCUUAUGUUUUCCUCGCGAGCAACGAGUGUUCAUCUUAUUUCACCGGUCAAGUUCUCCAUCCUAAUGGUGGGUUGGUCGUCAAUGCAUAAUCCAAGUGUGUCGUUUGUCAAGAUAUAAUCCAAUAAAGAACAUGAGAGGCAACGCCUAAGUUCAAACAAAUAAUAACAUUCUAUGCAAAACAUGGUUCAAUUAAUUAAUAAAAGAUGCUUUUCGUUUCGAAUAAGGUCAUGCUUCCGGUUCAAGAUGCUUGCUUGUUGGCUGGUCGAACUAGAAUUAAGAUGGCCAUUUCGUUUUUUAUGUUUUAUGCUGUUAUCAUAUCCUUGUACCGUAUGCAAUAAUAUUUGUGUACCGUACUCUUUGGAGUACCUUAAUAUAUAAAUAAAGUUGGGAUAUUUCUUUCA